AUGGCGGCAGCGAGAGGUGGCCACGUGGCGGUCGUCACGCUGCUGCUGAUCAAUGACGCCUCGGUGCUGCGAUUCGACAAGACCAGUGCGCGCUCGUGCCUGCAUAUGGCGGCUCGAGCGGGCAGCGCGGAGUGCGUUGAGGCCGUCUUAGUGGCGGCCAAGGCGUCGCACGAACUGCGCGACUCGUGUCCCGGCAACCACGCGCUACACAUGGCCGCGCGGAGCGGGAGCGUCGGGACGGUGCUGGCGCUGCUGGCGUGGGGCGCGGACAGAACCGCGCUUAACCACUCCAAGCUGACCCCCCACGCCCUGGCGGUGCGCGCGGAGCGGGAGCGCGGAUGGAAAUCGUGCGCAGAAGCGGGGAAGAAAGCACUCGCGGAGAAGGGCGUGCGCGCGGAGAGGCGCGGCAGUGGACGCGCAGGUGCGGGGAAGAGAGGCGCCAGUGGUGGAGCUGGCGCCGUGCCCCCACGCUGCGAUUUCAAGCGCGUGGUGGCGCUGCUGAACCCUAAGUCCCCCGCGCCCCUGGUGUGGCCCUCCCCCUGGGCGCAGCUGCUCGCGCGCGCGCCCCCGCACGUGGUCUGGCUGCUCCGCGCUGCGCUGGCGCAGGCGGGGGGGGAGGAGGCGGAAGGGGAAGGGGGAGCAGGGCGCGGCGAAGAGAAGCGGGAGAAGAAGGAAAUGAAAGCGAGCGGCAUGAAAAGCAGAGAGGAUGGGGUGGAGCGUGUGGGAGGAGGCGGAUUGGAUGGGGAGGUGGAAGAAGGGAGCGCAGGGGAGGGAGGAGAAGGCGGAGAGAUGGGGAACAGACAGGGCGGAGCAGAGAGCGCGGAGCAGCAGGAGGGGAGCAGCGUGGUGGGGGAACAGUCAGAGCACACAAGGGGAGAGCAGGGUGGGCGCACAGUGGGCGACUUGACAAUGAUGGCAAGACAGGAGGAGCAGGAGGGAGUAAGAGCAGAGGAAACGGAGCAGAGUGGAGGUGAUGGAGUGAGAGGGAUGGCAGUGGAGCAGGUGGGGAGGGUGGAGGAGGUGGUGGCACGGGGGGGUGGAGAGCUGGAGGUGGGGGGUGAUGGGAGCCGGAGGGGGAGCGGAGGGGAGGCCGAUGGCAGCGUGUGCCUCAUUUGCUGCGAGCCCGGGCAGGGCAGCAGCACCACCACCAGUCCCUUCUCCAGCGUACCUCUCUGCAUGAUUAGUACCGGUAGCAGCAGCAGCAACCUGACCACACACACUCACUCUUACACUCUCUCCCCUCCACUCUCGCCCUGUGGCGGCCUCCCUCAGUCCUCACCUGGGUAUUUGCUGGCGCUGCUGCCCUGUGCGCACCGCCUGUGCCCCACGUGUGUGCUCUCCCUGCUGGCUCACGCCAAGCCAAACUCGCACGUGGCCCUGCCGCCCAGCCCUGUUUGUCCUUUCUGCCGGUGUGGGAUCGAGGGCUUGGAUGUGGCGCGGUGA